AUGGCAAACAUCGUUGUCGAUUGUCACUGUCAUUUAACGGUCGAUGCUUCCUCAAUAAAUGUGAAUGCUUUGAGACUGAAACUAUUACAAGAGUAUAGUGAUCAUGAGUUUUGGUUGAUGACGACUUACUGGAAUGACUGUGACCUUGUCAAACUGCAUUUACUCGAUUGCCCCAAUAUCAUUCCGUUUUUUGGAAUCCACCCUUGGUAUUCUCAUUUAUACAGUGUCAGUGAUGAACCCAUUUCUAAAGAGCAACAUUAUAUGAAAGUUCUUUCCCCAUCUCCUCCAGCAUCAUUAAUCGCUGCACUUCCUGAACCAAAAAGAUUAUCUGAACAGAUUAUCGAGUGGAAAAGUAUCAUCGAUAGCUUUGAGGGCAAGCGCAAGUUUGGGAUUGGUGAAAUCGGCCUUGACAAAGUAUUUCGGGUGCCUUACGGCAUAUUAGGGUAUACUGACAAAGCAAAUUCCAACUGUUAUGUAUCCAUGGAUCAUCAAGUCGCAAUUUUCAAGCAAAUGCUUCAAUUGGCUCAAGAGUAUCAUAUUCCAGUCCUGGUUCAUUGUGUGCGAGCUCAUGGUCGGCUUUUUGACGAAACGAUUUCGAUUACUCGAGCCAAACCGAAAAGUAAUCGUGAGCGGAAACGUGAACAACAGAUGGGGACGUCUGAUAAUGCCCCAAAGAAGGUGGAAAUUCCCAUAAUAUUACAUUCGUGGAGUGGGCUGGUGGAUCAAGUUAAAAUGUGGUGCAAAUAUCCUGGCAUCUUCUUUUCUGUGAGUAACUGGAUUAAUGGUCAAAAAUCACUUGAAUGGGCAGAGGCGGUGCAAGCAAUUACAGAGCUGGACUUUGGCUUAGACAAUUGGUUGCUCAAUAAAUCAUCUGACUAUGAUAAGAACAUGGAAGAAAUUCGUGAAAAGCUACAAAAAGUAGGGGUGAGUUCAGCACAAUGCCAAAUUAAUAUGAAAAGAGUGUGGGCUGAGCAAUUGUAA